AUGGGCGACUACGACUUCGCCCCGCCGCCGCUCUCGAGCGCUUAUCUCGGAGCCCAAACGGGGGUGUAUGCGCUCGCACUCGCGCUGACCGGGUUCCGGUUGUGGAUCCGUAGGGGGCGGUAUUGGGUCGACGACGUGCUCGCGCUCCUGGGGACGCUUUUUUGCGCGGUGUGCGUGAUGUGCAUGUGGCUCAUGUAUCUUCCCGAUGCCCCCGUCGCUGACCGCGCCUUUCUGUGGCUUGAUCUCAUCGUAUUUGUUAUGGACGUCUGGUGUACCCGUGCAAGCAUCCUCGUCUCCGUCCUGCGCGUCGUGACCAAUGUGCGCUUCCGAAAACUUAUCCUCGCCAGCCUCGUGCUCUUCUCUUUCUUCUGGGCCAUUAGCUUUGCUGCCAAGAUGUGGCUUUGCAGGAGGAGCGCGUCUACGACGUGCGAGAGCACGCGGGCGUAUUCGUAUAUCUUGAUGAGCACUGAUGCGAUCAGCUCAGCCAUCCUCGUGGGGCUGCCCCUGGCGAUGCUGUGGAACGUCAAGCUCGCGCGUCUCCCUCGAAUCCUCAUCCUCUCCAUUUUUGCCAUGGGCGCGCUUAAUGCUGCAGCCAGCAUCUUGCACGACGCGUUUCUCGAUCCGGUCACGAAGUUCUCGAUGAUCACGGCGCAUUUGCAGUGUGCCCUCGACCUCAUCGCGUGCAACCUCCUCGUGACCAUGACGUUUCUCUUCUGUGUUGUGCGCUCGGACAAGGCUUCAGAAAUCUACGACGCGACGACGCCCCCCAGGCCGACCAUGGCCGAGUUGUUUGGCGACAGCACACUCACGACCGUCGACCUUGACUCGAUGCAUUUCGUAGAGACGCAGGAGGACUACCGACGCUCUCGGUCGACACUAGCGUGGAACGAUGCUGUUUGGAACAAUGUGUCGGAUUGUGUACCGCCGAGGCGAAAUUCAUGCGAAGCAUAGUUCUGUAUAUCACGAUUUUUUAAGCGUUACAUGUAUCAUAUUCGCAUCAUCC